AUGGACAUGGAUGCGUCAUUUCGUUCAGCAAUCGUCAAUGGAGAGACUCUCAAGAUGUUUGUUGGGCAAAGAGUGCGUACAGUACUUAAGGUCCAACACACUCAAGGUGGAGUUCUUGUUGCGCAGUCGACUGAUGGACAUCAGUUGACCAUCAGAGGUGCCUCGGAAGGCCGUGAAUCACAUUAUCUAGAGGUUAUUGGGAUUGCUGACAACGACCAGUCCAUCAGUGCUGAAAGUUGCAAAGAUUUUGAUGACAACUUUGAUGCUGAUGCGUUCAAUGGGCUGUGCAAGCUUGUGGUGAACGGCAAGGUGAAGGAAGUUUUCCUGUAG